GAUUUAGCACUAGUAGUUAAUCAGGAAACAAGGUAUAAAGCCUCUUUUUCUACCCAUGAAAAACUAAACAAAACCUCUGUGCAAACUCCUCCACUGCCGCCAAACGUUCUAGGGUUUGAAAUCUUAUCUUCCUCAAUGGCGGAGAAAGAGGCGUCGCCGGAGCCCGCCGAGGCCAACCCACCAACUGAAGACAUGGAUCUCGAAAACCUUGACUCCUCCGCCCAAAACCCUAAUGCCGGAGACGACGCCAACGGUGACUCCAAAUCGAAGCGCGGGAGAGAGGAAGACGGUGAAGAAACCGAAGACGUUUCCAAAAAACAGAAACUGGAGAAGUCCGUAGAGGAAGAAAGGUUGGAGAAGAAGUCAGAUGAGUCACCGGAGUCGGGUCGUGUACGGCUCGGUCCGAAGGAGUUCGGGUCGUCUUCGGAGAUGUUGGAUUACUUUUGCUAUUUGCUUUAUCAUUGGGGUACUCAACUGAACUUUAACAAGUAUGAACAUAUGGUAUUGCUGGACUUGCUUAAGAAAGGUCAUCUAGAGCCUGAGAGAAAGAUUGGUGGAGGGGUCAAAGCUUUCCAAAUCCGUAAUCAUCCCCAGUGGAAGAGUAAAUGUUUCUUUGUGAUUAGGGAUGAUGAAACUAUGGAUGAUUUUAGCUUCCGCAAGUGUAUUGAUCAUAUCCUUCCCUUGCCUGAAGAUUCAAAGGGAAAGAGCAAUUCAAACAGGGCAUCGGGUGGCGGUGGCGGUUGGAGAGGACGUGGUGGGAAAGAAGGCGGACGAGGCCGUGGAAAAGGUGGUAAGUCAAGAAACUAAGGUGGUAGUAGUAGUUAAAAAUGGAGUUGAAUUUGGAUUAAACUCUUUGGUAGGAGCAGAACUGCUUUGUUUUGAUUAUAUAUCUGACCCUAAAGUUCCAAAUUGAAUUGCACUCUCGAAGUUAUGGAUAUUGAUGUUAUCAGUGCUCUUUUUUUAUGGCAUUUAUAUAUUUUGGUGUUGCAUUUUUAA